AUUAAACUGAAGUGUCCUAUUUCCGUUUCGAAAGAAGUUUCUGUGUGAAGUUAGUGCUUCGUAUCUUAUUGAAAGGAUUAGAGAUAAGUAUAUAUCACAAUACACUGUAAGAAUACUCAUGGGAUAGGGGGGUCGGCGAUCAGACGGUGUGGAAAAAGUGCCGUUCAGUUUUCACCUGUGAUCGAGGUGUGAAAAAGUUUAUUCAACGAUUUUCUGAGGAAUGUGAAGAAUUUGAUAAUAUCUGUUGUGGAUAAAUAGGAAAAUAAUAUAUAAAAAUUGGUAACUUGUCUGUGGAUCAUUCCAAGGAGAUUAUAUUAAAAAAGUUAAUAAACAAUAUCAAGGUGUAGUAUGAAGUCAAGGGUUGUGACAACAAAAUGAAUGGAAUAGCAUUGAGACAGCCGCCGCACUAUCACAACAGUGUUUCUGCCCUAGGCCUGGCCAACAACGAGACCAAAUAUCGACCCUCCACCGCCAUCAAAACAGAAACACUGACAGACAAAUACACAAUCAAGGGAGAAAUUGGCAGAGGGAAGUUUGCAGUUGUACGGAAGUGUAUCAAUAAUGAGACAGGGGAAGAGGUAGCCGCCAAAUUUAUCCGCAAGCGCCGGAAGGGAAAGUCGUGUCGAGAUGAAAUCCUGAGAGAGGUGGUCAUGUUAGAGCUCGGGUUAGAACAUCCCCGACUGGUGGAUCUCAAAGAAGUGUUUGAGACGCAAACUGAGCUCAUCCUCAUCACAGAGUACUGUGCGGGUGGGGAGUUAUUCACGGAGUGUGUGAUAGAGGAGUCCUUCAGUGAAGCCGAUGUCGUCCGAUUCCUGGCACAGAUCUUGGAGGGCCUCGACUACCUUCACGAAAGAAAUAUAGUGCACUUAGAUCUAAAGCCUCAGAAUAUAUUAUUUACCAAGCCAUUUCCCCAUGGUGAUAUAAAAGUCUGUGAUCUUGGCUUUGCCUGUCUGGUCAACACAGGGGAGGAUAUCAGAGACAUCAUUGGUACUCCAGAUUAUGUAGCUCCAGAAGUGCUGUCUUAUGAACCCCUGGGUUUGUACACAGAUAUGUGGAGUCUGGGGGUACUAACGUACGUCAUGCUGACCGCCCACUCACCGUUCGCCGGUAAGGAUAACCAGGAGACGUUUCUCAACAUAUCACAGGUCAACCUGGACUUCCCGGAGAGUCUCUUUAAGGGUACCUCACCACUGGCCCAGGACUUCAUCACCAAGUUACUGGUCAAAGACCCCGAGGAAAGAUUGACUGCCAAACAAUGUUUACAACAUCCCUGGGUCAUAGGUCGAGUGGAUCCUGAAAAAAUCCUUGAGAUCUCCAUUGAAGAAAAAGAAGACAUGGAGGACAAAUCAGUGUUCACCAAUCAGGACAAAGAAAGUGAACUCAUUGUAACCAAUGAAAAUGUGGACAGUUCUGAGUGUGAACUCAGUGUAACCAAUGAAAACAGUUCUGAGUGUGAACCAUCCAAUCAGAUUUCAGAAAACAGCAGGUUGAACAAAGAAAAUCCAGAGGAAGUGUUAAAGGAAAGUUUGAAGGAAAAUAUUUCAACGGAAAAAGAUUCUUGUCAAGAAAAAGAUCUAAAGAAGUUAAUUCUGUGUUCAGACAUUUUAGAUAAAGUGACAGAAGAAAAUGGCCCUUCAAUGUGCAAUGAAAACAUGGACACUACCAAGUGUCAUAGUUGUAAGCAUAUAGCUGAUUGGUCUUCCACGGGUGAAGACAACAUGGAGCUGGCAGAGGAUAUCGAUAAUAAAGUCUCCUUGGUGUGACGGUCCAUUUCUCGCUGUUAAAAUGCUUCACAUUUUUAUAGAGGAUUUCUCUUUUUUUUUC